AUGAAGCUAUCACCAUCCACAACCCUCCUCUCCCUCUUCCUCCUAACCACAACCCCCACCCAAACGUACGCCUCCUCCAUCACCCUCGACACAACCCGCACAAACCAAGGCCCCCUCACAACAGCCUUCUCACCACCGCCCUCAUGCACCGAAACCCGCACCCGGAAUUACAUGGAUUUCUGGCCCAAGCUGGAAGUCGGCUGUGAGGGGCCCGCGGGGAAUGAAUGCUGCCCCGGGGGUUGGAGGUCAAAUGUAUAUUUUAGUCCUGGGAUGUGUCCGACGGGGUAUAAGGGGUGUACGUUGGCGACGGGGAAGCAGAGGAGGGAGACGACGAAUUUGUGUUGUCCGACGGACUUUGACUGCGCAACCCGCAUAGAUGCAGAUUGUAAACAAUCGCUCAAUACGCGAUCCACAAUCACAUAUACCGAUUCCGGAACGGUCACCUCGAGACGAAUCUAUGCUGUGACGGCCACGCCUAUUCAGAUCCGAUUCCGAGCCGCCGAGUCCACGAUCGUGCCUGUGCCGACGGAAUCGUUUAACCUGCCCCGGGGAUAUUUGCUUACGAAGGAGAAGGUGGGGAUUGGGAUUGGGGUACCUGUUGCAGUUGGGCUUAUCACGGCUGUUUUGUGGUACUUUUGCUGUUUUAAAAAGAAGCAGAGGAGACGUGGUGAGGAGGUUCAGGGGGAUGGGGUUCCGUUGCGCGAUGAGAAUGCUUCUUCUGCUUCUGGGGAUGAUGAUGCUCCGCCUCCUUAUCCUGGACCGAAGAGGUAG